CAAUCCAAGAUGCGUGCUGCCGUCGUGUUCGUUGUUGUGAUUUUCGCACUCCUCAGUGUCCUGGAGGCUGUGCCUGCUCCCCAGUUUGGAUACGGUGGAUUUCCUGGCGGCUAUGGUGGCUUUGGCGGCGGCUAUCCCGGCGGCUACGGCGGAUACGGAGGCGGAUAUCCUGGCUACGGAGGCCUCAACCAGGGCGCAUUCUCCAGUGCCCAGUCAUCUUCCUCGGCCUCUGCCGGUGGUUACGGUGGUUUCGGUGGUUUCGGUGGAUAAACCGCUGUAAAAACAUACGUAUUCCUUUUUUAAAUUUAAUAUUAAUAAACAAAAUUCAAUAUUCUUAUGAAUCCAAAA